GAAGCUCUCUCUUGGAAGUCGCUUUGGAUAAAAGCGUCUGCUAAAUGAAUACAUGUAAAUGUAAAUGUAUUGUCACUCUAGGGCGAUGUUCAGUUGUUCUAUCCUCCAAGUUUGGCUGUCUUUUCACGCAAAAAUGAUCCCGUGGUCCACUACAGUGGACAUAUACAAAAUAAAAGAACAUUUUCAAAAGUCUAAAUUGUAAGAUGUUUAAAGACUAAAUAAACAGGAAAUUACACCCCCCAAAAAUAAAUGUAAGGGAAAACCCCACUUUUACUGGGCUCCCAGGGGGUUAUGACCGAUCGCUGUAUGACUAUUGCGAUCCCUUUCAUUACCUUUGGAAAAUGGCUUUGAGAAUGUUGGCUACACAAAUAGUGUCAGCAUACAGAAGGCCAUGUUGGGAGAUAGUCCCUUUCAUUGCAAAUCCUCAGAGACUAUAAAAAUGGCGCUUGCAGUGUUCCUUCACGUCCGUACCGUCGAGAGAUAAAGCCGGUGUGUCUGUGUUCAAUUCAUUACAACCACCAAACCACCGCAUUUGACGUCAUGUCAGGAAGAGGCAAAGGAGGUAAAGGACUCGGCAAGGGAGGCGCUAAGCGUCACCGUAAAGUGUUGAGAGAUAACAUCCAGGGCAUAACCAAGCCCGCAAUCCGUCGCCUUGCUCGUCGUGGCGGCGUGAAACGUAUCUCAGGCUUGAUCUACGAAGAGACUCGUGGUGUUUUGAAGGUAUUCCUUGAGAACGUUAUCCGUGAUGCUGUUACGUACACCGAGCAUGCUAAGAGAAAGACCGUGACUGCCAUGGACGUCGUCUACGCUCUCAAGCGCCAGGGACGUACUCUGUAUGGUUUCGGCGGUUAAUCUACAAUUUUGACCUGUUUCGACACUUGACCCAAAGGUUCUUUUAAGAGCCACCCACACCCUCUGUAAAGACUCUUCCAUAUUCAAUUCAGGGUUGAAUACGAUACAUUUUUUCCCUCGGUUUUAAUCAAUACAUGUCGUCUGUGGUUAAUGGUGGGUCAGGUUGAAAUUACGUUAUAAAUCAGGAAUGAGUUAUCAAGAUGUGAGCUAGUAGAGUUCCCGAGCACAAUACAUUGACUAGGCCACCGAGCACAGUGUGUACAGCGCUAGGAUUGUGGUCGGACACGUUUAGUGAGGCUUGAUUUCGUUUGUAAGGAUGGCAUUUGCGACAUUGAGCAGCAGUUAAACGAGGCUCCUAUUCCGAGUGAAGUGGCAAAUGAUAGUAAUUGGAACAAUGCAGUUUUUACAGUAGAAUUUAGUGUAGCUAGUAAAUGUGUAUAAUUUAACUACACGUUCGACAUAUAAAUACCCUAUCUGACCUUUGAAA